GUUCGGCUGAAAGGAGAAAGACGUUCCUUUCUAUCGCCACAAAUAACCAACAAAUUAUCAUCCUAUCUGCACUCUCCCCAUUUCUGAAACCCACCCAAAUAAAUUAUUCCUUUCUACUUCGACACCCACUUCCAAUAAUUAGCAGUCUCUCUCUCUAAUUGAUCCUAGAAUUACUAUGGUACCAAUGAUGCACCAGCUUCAACUCCCAGCUAAGAAAUACUUCUAUUUAAAACGAUUCCUCUCUCGUCAUUCACUCUUCACAAACAUUCAACAGUAACUCUCUCUUCAUACCUGGUCCCUUGAUCCCAAUGGCUACCCUGAUAAAGUAGACCUAAACAAACACAGGCUGACAGGUACUUUCCCUGUACAUGGUGCUGGUAUAAAUAUUUAGUUAAAAGCACCGUGGAUCUAUUUAUUUGCUAAAAGCUUUUGCUUGUAACAUUAAGAAUUGGGAUCGGCUGAGUUUGGAAGGAAAUCAAAGCCAUGUAUGAUUUUUUCAGAUUGCCUGGAAAAACAUUUUUAAGAGGUCAUCACAUCUGGCAAUUGAAUGCUCACAAUGCUGACAGCAAAUUCUUCUCACGCUCACUUCUUGCCAAGGUCCGGCAUUAUAAUCAGGCAAUGCAACCAGAUCUAAAUAGUGACAUGGGAAAUGUGCGCAAGAGUGAAAUUGGGGAGAACAUCGGAAAGAAAGAUAAGAUGCAAUUUCUUGUCAAUACAGUUCUUCAUUUGAAAGCAUCUAAAGAAGCCGUUUAUGGUGCUCUUGAUGCUUGGGUUGCAUGGGAACACAAGUUCCCCAUAGUUUCAUUGAAGAGAACACUGGCUAUUCUUGAGAAGGAGCAACAAUGGCACCAAAUUAUUCAAGUGAUAAAGUGGAUGCUAAGCAAGGGGCAAGGCACCACCAUGAAUACAUAUGAGCAGUUGAUAUGUGCACUCGAUAAAGAUGACAGAGCAGAGGAAGCUCACAUGUUCUGGCAGAAGAGAAUUGGACAUGAUCUGCAUUCAGUUCCAUGGAAGUCAUGCAAACUUAUGAUUUCAAUUUACUAUCGAAACAACAUGUUAGAGAGGCUUGUAAAACUUUUCAAGGGACUUGAAACAUUUGAUCGAGAACCUCCAGAAAAGUCUAUUGUUCUGAAGGUGGCAAAUUCAUAUGAAUUAUUGGGCCGAUGUGAUGAAAAGGAAACGGUAUUGGAGAAAUACAAUUAUCUUUUUAAUAAAUCAUCUGGUAGGCGAUCCAAGAAAUCAAAGGUCUCAAAGAAGGAUAAAGAGUGUGGGGACUUUUUUGGACCUGCCUCGUGAACUGAACAUGAUGUACCUUACAAUAAGUGUCCUAUUGACAACGCUUUCUGGACUAUUUUCACAGGAGAGAAAAGGGAAAAACAUAAAGGAAUGAAGAAUUGUUUAGGGCUGUGCAAGUGGGAGAGGACUACAUGCACUGACCCUGUGAAAGCAGCCACCAGAAUAGGGAGGAUAAACAAAAUCACUUAGUGCUUGCUUUUUCUAUGGUUUACUUCUUCUCCUCUUGUUGCCUUGUACUUGUAGGUGUGAUGUUUUAUGUUGUUAAACAUUGUUAAAUUAUGAGAGCUGCAUAUUCUUUUUUCUUUUAUUCUAUUUUUGUUAAAAUAACUGUAGAUGUCAUGGUGAAAACUCUCCCUCUCUCUCAUGGUUUAAGCCUCUGGGCAUUUGGCCAUUUGUUGUGGUACAUUUUGGAAGUUUUUUAUAUUGUGAAAUACAUAUUUGCUAACUUGCAAAAAAUUGUACUCUA